AUGCUUCUGUCCUUUCGCUCAACAGUCCAGCUCGCGAGCCACUCACUUCUCCUCCUUCAUCUUCUCCUCCUUUUAGUGCCUGAGCUCCAAACUGUCCCCUUGACGGGUGUAAGGAGGGAACUUGCGCAGCCGGGCUCGGUCAGCUCGGAGGAGGCGAGAGGAGGCACCAGAGAUCCGGAGCACCGUCAGCCCUUUACCUUGGAGAGCUACGCGUCGGUAUGGGUGCGCUGACAAAAGGACGUUACCUCUCCAUGACGGGCCUCCUGGUUCUUGUUUACUGCACGGUGUCAGUCAUCUCCAAAGGUGCCACAGGGGAUGCUCAGCCUGACGCCCUACCCUCAGUGCAGGGCACCUUGCCACACUUCAUCCAGGAGCCGGAGGAUGCUUAUAUCGUCAAGAGCAACCCCAUUAAGCUGUACUGUCGAGCCGCGCCCGCCUUACAGAUCUUCUUCAAAUGCAAUGGGGAAUGGGUACACCAGAAUGAGCAUUUUUCCCAGGAGUAUAAGGACCUCAACACAGGGCUGAAGGUACGUGAGGUGAUGAUAAACGUGUCCCGUCAGCAGGUGGAGGAUUUCCACGGCCCAGAGGACUACUGGUGUCUCUGUGUGGCCUGGAGCCACCUGGGCACCUCCAAGAGUCGCAAGGCUACUGUCCGCAUCGCCUACCUGAGGAAAAACUUUGAGCAGGACCCCCAGGGGAAGGAGGUGCCAAUCAACGGGAUGAUCGUUCUGCACUGUCGCCCUCCAGAGGGAGUGCCUGUGGCGGAGGUGGAAUGGCUAAAAAACGAAGAGCUGCUGAGCUCCAUCACUGAUGACAACAUCGACACCCGUGCAGACCACAACCUCAUCAUCAACGAGGCGCGACUGUCUGACUCGGGCAACUACACCUGUCUGGCCAGCAACAUUGUUGCGAAGAGACGCAGUGCCACAGCCACCGUGAUAGUCUUUGUGAACGGCGGAUGGUCCCUGUGGACAGAGUGGUCGCCCUGCAAUGUGCCAUGUGGGCGGGGUGUCCAGAAGCGAUCUCGAACCUGCACUAACCCGGCGCCUCUCAACGGCGGGGCUUUCUGCGAGGGCAUGUCUGUACAGAAGAUCACCUGCAACGCACCCUGCCCAAUUGAUGGAGGCUGGGACGAGUGGAGCGAGUGGAGCGUAUGCAGCAGCCAGUGUGAGAAGCAGCGGAGUAGAGAAUGCAACUCCCCAGCACCCAGACACCGAGGCAAGAUGUGCGAAGGGAACAGCGAGGCCACUGAGAACUGCACAGAUGGACUGUGUACCCAGAGUAUGGACAGCUCCAAUGACGUGGCUCUGUACUCGGGUCUGGGGGCCGGCAUCAUCGCUGUGGCGAUCCUCGUUGCGGCCGUCAUGCUGUACAGAAAGAAUCACAGCGAAUACGGCGUGGACGUCAUCGACUCCUCCGCGCUCACCGGGGGUUUCCAGUCCUUCAACUUCAAGACCACAAGACAAGGCAACCCGCUGCUCCUCAACUCCUCCAUGCAGCCCGACUUAACAGUGGGACGGACGUACAGCACGCCCCUCUGCUUCCAGGACAGCGCAGACAAAGAGCUCUUUGACCCCCUGCCAGACAUCAAGGUCAAAGUUCAGAGCUCCUUUAUGGUUUCACUAGGUGUGGCCGAGCGGGCGGAGUUCCACGCCAAAGCCCCCGCCGAGACGUUCCCGCGGGACCUGAGCCGGGACUACAGCAGCACCGUGGAUAGACGCAAGAAAGGCCUGCUCACCCUUAACGGGCCCUUCAGCGCAGGCAAGGAGCAGCUGAGGACCACGGGCGUGUUCAGCUACCCCGGAGGACGCCUGGUGGUGCCAAACACCGGGGUCAGCCUGCUUGUGCCUCAUGGAGCUGUGGCUGAGAAUAUGUCCUGGGAGAUGUACAUGGUGAUCAAUCAGGGAGAGGCAAGUGUCCAAACACUGGAAGGCUGUGAAAUCCUCCUUGGCCCAGAGGUAAUGUACGGUCCUCCGGGCCUGGACCUCUUCUGCCCAGUGGCCAUGACCAUCGCUCACUGCGCCGAGGUGGAUACAGAGAACUGGAACAUCCAGCUCAAGAGGAAAACCCAGGACAGCAAAUGGGAGGACGUGAUGUCGGUGGAGGAGGAGUCCACUUCCUGUUACUGCCUGAUGGACUCAACGAGCUGCCACCUGCUUCUGGACCAGCCAGGUUCGUACGCCCUGGUGGGCGAGCCCCUGACGCAGGCUGCCGUCAAGAGGCUGAAGCUGGCUGUGUUUGGGAGCAUGGAGGCGGGCUCCAUGAGCUACAGCCUGCGGGUGUACUGUGUGGAUGACACGCCACACGCAUUUCAGGGAGUGGUGUCUGCAGAGAAGACCAGAGGGGGUCAGCUCCUCGAGGAGCCAAAGAUGUUGCCUUUCCGAGCGAACACCUUCAGCCUCCAGGUGUCCAUCCAAGAUGUUCCCCAGUUCCUGUGGAGCAUCAAACCCUUUACCACAUGUCAGGAGUUCUCCUUCCCCCAAGUGUGGUGCAGCAACCAGCAGCCCCUGCACUGUGCCUUCUCUCUGGAGAGAUACAGCCCGGCCACUGCCCAGCUCUCCUGCAAAAUCAGCGUGCGCCAGGUCAAAGGCCACGAGCAGAUUCUGCAGGUCUACACAGCUGUGGCUGAGACUGAAAAGGAGUCAGUUCCAUUUUUUAUGCAGACAGACUGCACCAUCACGUCCCAGACGGGGCCCAAGGCCUUCAAAAUCCCCUUGUCCAUCCGCCAGAGGAUCUGUGCCACCUUCGACACUGCCAACGCCAAGGGCAAGGACUGGCAACUCUUAGCCCAGAAGCUCCACUUAGAUCGAAACCUGGGUUAUUUUGCAAAGCAGCGGAGCCCGUCAGCGGUCAUACUGAGCCUGUGGGAGGCUCGCCACCAGGACACUGCUGACCUUGACUCUCUAGCCAGCGCCCUCGAGGAGAUUGGCAAGAUCCACUCCAAAAGCUCCCCCAAGGACCAGGAUGAGCCGGAGUCUGACUUCAAUGACAUACAGGCGGGCAGCAUGUACGGAACGGGCAAAUUAGCAAAUCAGACGACAGAGGACUCUGCCCCUGAAUAUACAGGCUGAGGGGGAAAGAGAGCGAGAGCUGACAGACUAAGGCAUAUAUCUGUGUACGCACACAGCCAGUGAUGGACAACACGCUGCGGCGGAGUGCUGGAAGGUCACGAGGUUGUGAGUAGAUGGUGCAAGCAGUCAACAUGCUGAGCUAUUACAAUAGACGGAGGUGAGCCGUACCCGCUGUGGAUCUACCCCUCUCUUUUAAGAUUCUGUCUGAGGAUGGACUGUACAUUUUUUUCUGCCUUUCCACUCCAUUUUAAGUUCAUUUUUAAUUUAUGUCUUGUUUCAAGAUGCCCCUUUCUAUAUUCAUCUUUCAGGCCAGAGGGUGAGUGGGGUAUUUCCUGAACUUUUCUGCACAUUAUUUUCUGAAUUUGUGUUAGAAGAGGUCUUUUUAUCCCCCCUGGGACUGUCACUACCACCUCUGCUGCAUUUCCUAGUGGUCCACACGGCAGCUGGACAUAUUUGCAUAGAAGUUCUUAUAUGCAAAUAAGAUGAUACAACUGUGGCGUCAUUUCAGAGACAUCCGAUCUAAUUUCUUAUUUCCCCCCCAACACCACAUCCCUGCGAGUGAAUGAGGACUUAGAAGCUACUUUUUUGGCGUCCAAUAUUAUAUUUUUAAAAGGAUGCUGCUGAUUGCUUAAAUGUUGUGAUUGUGAACUUUCAAAGCCAAGUAUCUUGAAAUUCUCCCAUUUUCAUGUCACAAGAAGAAAAAUUUAAAAAUCUAUUCUAUGGGAAGUUUAGCACUUCUGAUGGCAGCCAGUGUUGUAUGAUCAUUUAUACAAAAAAAAAGUUUAAUCUCAAAGUACGGCACGGUCAGAGUGUGACUUCCCAUGAGUUAUGAGGAAAAAAAACAUGGUCAUGGCGUAAUGUGGCAGAGUGAGAUUUCUAACCGUGACAUUGCAGUUCAUUACAGUUUCCUCGGCCAAAAGAUAGAGAGGGAGGAAGCUGUUAGACAUCAUUUCCUGGCACGGCAGGGAGCGCGUCGCCGCGUCUUAUCAACCAAUUCCCACCUUUAACACCCGUCACACAGACCUCAUAUCAGGCCCUGACACACCCAACUGCCCCCGCAGCCACCGCCACUGUCACCUCCCCCUUUCCCCCACAUACACAGGAAGACACACACAUUGACAUUUCACGGCUGCAGAGGUCAUGAGCACAUUGAGAUGGUGAGUUUGCAUACUGUACAACAAGCAAAUAAGGAAAACUGAUGGUAACGGUAUCAGAGAUAACAACAUGUAGGCACUUUUUUUUUUAUUCAUAGAAAUGCGUGAAAUUAUUACAACCUCUCAACAAAGCAUUACAAGGUGGUGGGUAAAAAAUGACAAAAAAAAUGACAUGCUGACAACACAAGAACAAUGCCUAAUGCAAAGGCAAUGAGGAUGUUUUGUUGUGAUGGAAACAAAUUAAGUAUAAAAAGUGCGAACAUAAGGAGGUGUUGUGGUGGUGGAUUGGUCAAACAAACAUGCACUUUCAACCAGGAGACUGCUGUUUGUGUCCCAUCAUGAUGAAGCCAAACGUCAAUGUAGAUAUGUGACUAAGUGACCAGCAAGCGGCAACCUCCAGGGCUGAAAAAUGAAGCCAACAUGGAGUUGACAAAAACUCAAUUUGCAACAAUUAACAUGCAGUCAAAUUGUUUCUUAAAUGCACCCUAUAUAGACUAUUGACUUGCAUGCCAGCAGACUGAUUUAGCAUCAGCUAAGGUCAGUAAACUCAACGUCCUUAGAGACAAGAACCACAUUUUCAUCAAACACUCUCGAUAUAGUACCCUUAAAACCAUACGUAGCCUGUACAAACAUGUACCUAAACAAUAGAUCUGUUUGUGCGUCCAUCAUGUGGCAACCUCCGAGGCUGAAAAAUGAAGCCAGUGUAGAAGUGCCAAAAACUUUGCCCAACUUUACAGCAGAAAUAAACACCAGAAAUAAACACCAAGCUCCACACUCUCACCUAAAUAUGCAAAUGUGGUCAACUCUGGCUCCAAAAAAACAAAUGAUUGAAACUAAACUAAAACUAAACUAAUGGGCGGCGUCACGGUAACUAUAUCCAUUAUAUUUAUUAAACCGCGCAAAGUCUAUGCACGUACUUUAGGUAACUACACAAAGUACUUAAGUUUGCCUCACCAAUGUCCUGUACAUCAACACUUUGACCAAAACCACAUUCUUUUCCUAAACUUAACCAAGUAGUUUUCUUUCAUUCAAUAACC